ACUGAAUUAUUUUUUUAUGAACCAACUUCAGUAUUGUUGACAUUAAAGUUACGUUGAAGCAUGUGGUUUAACUUUUGUUCGUUGUACUUUUGAUUAUUGUCUGUGUUGUUUUCGUAAAUUUACAAGAAUUUACAAAAAUGUCAAACAAAAAAAUGUGGUCCAGGUGUGUUGUGCGCGGUUGCAUAAGAGACCCGUCGGUUUCAAUGCAUCGUUUGCCGAAAAUACAAGCUGUAAGACAGCAAUGGAUUCAAAAAUUACACCUGGAUUCAAACCUCAACGGCACAGUUUUCGUUUGUCAGCUACAUUUUCGAAAGAGCGACUACGUUGGAGGAAAUGAACGUAAACGUCUACAUUGCAUGGCAGUACCCUCAGUAAAUCUUCAGUAUGCGAAUAUCAAAACUAUCAACACGAAGUCAAUUGAAUCAUCCGCUCAGGAAGAUCGUGAACCUUUGUUCGACGAAGAAACGCCAGAGCAAAAUUUCGUCGACAAAGAAGUGACCGGUAACAGUUCUAUAAAUGAUGAGGUGAUGACAAAAUCAGUUAAGAAUAAUGACUUUGCGCCGGACAAGAACAUGCACAGUGAUAUCGUCAUAUCGACAUUAUAUGAUGAGGAACUGUUACAGCGAUCAGUGACAGAUGAUUUGAUAAUUGAAGUCGAUAGCAGCUGCGAAAUGGAGUUGAUCACCGACGAUGAGAAUCAACAAUUUUAUGAACAAGAAGUUGCCUCAUUCAAGUAUCAUGAUCUGGCUGCACGAUCCAAUACAAUUUCUGCUGAGAAGAGCCAUUGCGUUUGUAAACACGAAGCAUUCGCGUAUCAUGAUCAGGUGACACAAACAUACCCGAUAAGCUCAGCAAACAAAUGUAUUCAAGUAAAUAUGGCUUACGAAGAGUUGUCAAGACCAUGGACGUUGCUAGAUAUGCUUAAAAAUAACAGCGAUCUUCAAAGCUGGACUGGAAUUCCGUCUUUUUCUACAUUAAACAACAUCGUGUCAUGUAUUGAUAAACUAAAAAGUGCCCAGGAUCAACUCAAAAAGUUCAGAAGUACACCAACCAUGUUGACUGUGUUUGUCAUGGCUAAGUUGAAAACGGACCUUACGUUUAAACAACUUGCAUGUCUCUUCGCUUUAACGCCUAGGACCCUGGGUGAAUAUUUCCAUAAAUUUCUGCCAAUAUUGAAGGCAGUGCUGGAGCCAGUAAUAUUUUGGCCGACAACAGAUCAAGUCGGUAACAAUCUUCCGAAGUGCUUCAAGCCCGAUUUUGAGGAUUGCUUUGUUGUUAUGGAUUGUACAGAAACUCGAAUUCAACGGUUAAAGUCUCUGGAGAGUCAAAUCAAAACGUACUCACAUUACAAAGGUAAGACAGUUGAUGCAAUCGAAAUCUACAUAAAUGUUACUCAAGUUUGA